UUAUUUUCCGGCCACUCUCCGACCACCACCACCUGUCGGCCUCCCUCACUGCGCGCCAGACUCGCACCACCAGCCAGCCACCCCGCCAGCACCGCCACCUCCUUCUCCCUCCCCCACGCUGCACCCCUCCUCUUCCUCUUCCUCUCCUUCUCGCUGCACUCUUUCCCUCCCCCAUCUCGCUGCAGCCUCCUUGCUGCCGCGCCGCACCUGCCGCCAGCCGCGCCGCACCGCCGUCCUGCCGUCCGUCUCGCUGCUGCACCGCCACCUGCUCGCCGGAGCUCCGACCCCCACUGCACUGCCCGUCUUCUCCUUGUUACUUCACUUAGUGAAGAUUAGAAAGGAAAAGGGAUAUUACAAGCCUCACCCGGCUAUCAAGUAUAAUAAUCGCGACUCGAGGUACCGAUGGGGAUGACGCCAUGGCUUAGCAGUGAGGAAAUGUUAUUAGAAUAACUCAAACAAUUAAAGCUUUUGUAACUUAAGUACUUACUUAGUUUAAUUAACAUUAACUCUGUUUUACUUUAAUAUAACCUAGUACGUUUAAGUUUCCAUGUUAUUAUAUGUUUAUGCAAGUAUGUUGCCUUGUAUUUUCCUAAUGGAAAGUACGGCAGUAACGCACCGAUCAAAAGCUAGGACUUCCGCUGCUAAUAAACAAGAUUUAUUAACCUAAUAAAGAUGCUUAGAGGUCGGGGCGUUACAGCAUCACCGACAUUAAGACUUAUACAAAGUUUAAGUGGGAUGAUGAAAGAAAAAUGAUCGUCAUCACAAUUGAAGAUGUAAGGCAAUGGGAGGAAUAUAUUAAGGACAACAAAAAUGCAGCCUCUUAUCGCAACAAGUGCAUAGAGAAUUGGGAAGAUAUAUGCACUUUAUUCGGUGCAGAUAGAGUUGUUGGGGAUGGUUCAGAACAACAUGAUGAGGCAGCGGACGCCAUGGAGGAGGAAAUGAUAAGUGAAGGAAAGAGCUCAUCCAAGGAUCCAACUGUUUCGGGCUCUCGCAAGCGCAAAAAAGAUAGUGUAGCUGAUGCGGUCAACAGUUUUGCCGAGUCCUUCAGAGAAUAUGUGCAAAGCAAAAUGAACGACACCCCGAAACCCACUUGUCAAGAUAUAUAUAACGUUGUGUCUGAAGUAUAUGGCAUUUCUAGGAAUCAGAUUAUGAGGGCAGUAAAAAGGUUUAUGAAUGGUAAUCCCGACGAAUUUCUAAUGUUGAAAGAGCUACCGGAAGAUGAGAAACUUGAUUGGGUACUCUUGUGCCUUGCUGAGUAGUUUGACUCACUUUCAUGUCAUUGUAGGUUUUUUCCGUUACUUUAUCAAAUACUACUCUUAAAUGUUGCUCUCGAUGUUGAGAUAACUUUUGUUAUAACAAUUUUGGAUUGUUGGAAUGUCAAAUGUCUUUUGUUUGCUAAG